CGUCACACUGAUGAGAACGGCCGUGUGCGGUGGAGCAUAGGAACUGCAAAGUAGACCAGAGCUGAGCAGAGAAGUGGCACAGUGGUAACCAACCAGUGCCCAUAACUGUGAAGAACGAGAGGGCGAUGGCAGAGAGAUCGGAGAAAGUGCCAAUCGCUCUGGCGGGACCAGAAGAUGUCGAGCAGUGUUUGCCUCCCGCAUACACUGCAAUCCCAGUGAAGCCCACCUGCAGUAGCCGCCUACUCAAAAUAGGAGCGGUGAUCCUCAUUGCUGGAGCGCUUCUUCUUCUGUUUGGAGCCAUCGGUGCUUUUUACUUCUGGAAAGUCAAUGACAAGCACGUGUAUAAUGUCCAUUACAGUAUGAGCAUCAAUGGGCGAGUGGAAGAAGGGUCGAUGGAGAUUGAUACACAGAACAACAUGGAGACUUUCAAAACUGGAAGUGGAAGUGAGGAAGCUGUUGAAGUCCAUGACUUUCACAUUGGAAUCACAGGCAUUCGUUUCGCCGGAGGAGAGAAGUGUUACAUUAAAGCUCAAGCCAAAGCACAUCUCCCCACUGUUGAAAGUCUGAACAAAGAGUCUCUGUCCUUUGAUCUGGAAGAUGAGAUAAUGCCAGCGAAAUUCGAUGAAGAGUCACUAAUAUGGGUGGCCACAGAGCAGCCAGUGAAAGAUAACAGUUUCCUGAGCUCUAAAAUCCUAGAUCUCUGUGGGGACCUUCCAAUCUUCUGGCUUCGUCCAACAUAUCCAAAAGAUAGUCAAAGAAAAAAAAGAGAAGCUUCACGUGAGAAGCGCCAGAAUAACUACCGGCCAUACGAUAUGGAACCAUUUGAGGAGGCUGCAGAACUAGCUAAUGCUGCUAAUCGAUUGCGGAAAAAUAAUGCCACCCAAAGAGCAUCGAGGGCAGAAGAAGAAGAAACAAGUGAUUUCAACCCAGAGAACCCCUACCACAGGAUGCUUGAAGGUGAGGGAGGAACAAUGACAUUUGACCCCAUGCUGGACCAUCAGGGUAUCUGUUGUGCCGAAUGUAGACGCAGUUACACCCAUUGCCAAAGGAUUUGUGAGCCACUUGGUGGGUACUGGCCAUGGCCUUAUGAGUACCAGGGAUGCAGGGUGGCCUGCAGAGUGAUUAUGCCAUGCAGCUGGUGGGUUGGCCGCAUACUGGGCGUUCUCUAAGACAUGUAGAACUUCUUACAAAGAAAAAUAAACCAAACAUAAACCAAAGAUCCUUUUGAUACCUUCCCUCGGAAAUGGCCAAUUUAAUAUUAGAACACAGUCUUACUAUAUGGAUGCAAAUAUUUUGAAGUAUGCUAAACAUCUUUCUUUUUGUUUUUGUCCAGGUCCUUGAGAAUAUAUUAAUUAAUGCAGGCUAUAACUCAAAAUUAUGUAGUUUAUACAGUAUAUAAAUAUAUGGCAGUCCUGCUGUACAAAUUUAACAAAAAAUAACAUUAGUCUUUACAACUUUAUAUUAUAUUCAGAAGGUGGAUCAAUACAUUUAAAUUAAAUUUGAAUUAGAUAAUAUGCCCCUCCCUCAUUGUAAUUUGCCUGUUAAUAAACUAAUGCUUGGCACUUGGAUGUUAUUGCUAUACAUGUCUUGAUUGUUUAAAAUGGAAUAUUUUUAAAAGUCACUUUAAGGCACAAAUCUGUCAAAAGUAGCCUAAGUAUGCAUAUAUUAAUAGCUGCAGAUCUAGUAAACUUUAUUCGAUGUCAAUUAUAUUUCCAAGAGGAUUACUGUAGAAUACCUCACUUUUUAAGCUGCAGGGCUCUGUUAAUAUUUGUAUUAAAGCACAUUUCACACAACUGCAUGCAAUGGGUUCUUCAAAAAAAGCAAAUUCUAAAUCUGGAUAACUACUGUACUAAUUACUCCAAUGCACUGUGUAAAGGAUGGGGUAAUGAAAUAUUACAAUUUACUAAAAGAGCAGCAGACUGUAGACUCCUAGUAUUGGCAACAACACCUAAGAUGAAGGCACAUUUAGGAUGCCUUCCUGAGCAAAGCCAGUCAGAGCUUAUUGCUUUUGUACCUUCUUGAAAACCACCCCAUCAUUGUGUUUCAUUUUAGAAACUUCAGUAAGAUGGACUGCUUUACACCACGAGUAGUGGAGCUAUUCACUUUUUUGAUAUGUGCUCUUGGAAUCCACCAUAAGACUACUUGUGUGCUCACGGCAGUGCUGGUGACCCCCUUUCUCAGGAGUGGUCUGUGGACAAAUUUGGGACACACCAAAUAGAUUGGCUUCUCCUGUUGCCAGCAUCAGAAUCCGAUGGUCAUACUUUGGGUUUGAUUUUGCAAGAAUGACCGGGUAAUCAGGGUGGAUGAAUUCUUUGAACUUCCCUGGUGAUGGCCAUUAAUUUUGAGCAUCUUAAGAGUUUUUAUAUGUAUCUUUUAUCCUUAUCCAA